AUGACGGAUCUUCAUCGAGGAGUCGAGGACUACUACGCUGUGAGCCCUGGGAUAGUGAUCAGGCGGCUCCCGGAGCUCCGGUCAGUGGCGCUGAAGGGGAAGCCGCAUUCUACAGACUUUAAUCUGGUGCCGGAUGGGUGGGGAGCUUUGUGUAAGGCAUCCUCAAACAAAAGGGAAACGAAAAAGCAUACGAUUUCUGCAAUGUCUUCAACUGUCAGAGCCACCGUUGUUCAAGCUUCUAGUAUCUUUUAUGAUACUCCUGCCACUCUAGAUAAGGCUGAGAGGUUUUUGAAAGAAGCAGCUGCACUAGGAUCCCAACUGGUUGUGUUUCCUGAAGCAUUUAUCGGUGGGUAUCCCCGGGGAUACAACUUCGCCGACCAGUCGCCAAGAGGGAAAGAAAGUUUCCGCAAGUACCAUGCUUCUGCCAUUAAUGUGCCGGGACCUGAAGUGGAUAGAUUGGCAUCAAUGGCUGCGAAAUACAAAGUCUACUUAGUGACAGGUGUUGUUGAGAGAGAUGGAUACACAUUGUAUUGCACAGUUCUCUUCUUUGAUCCUGAAGGUAAUUACCUUGGAAAACAUAGGAAACUCAUGCCAACAUAUUGGGAGCGGCUCUUCUGGGGUUUCGGAGAUUGCUCUACAACUCCAGUUUAUGACACUCCAUAUGGAAAACUUGGUUCGGUCAUUUGUUGGGAAAAUAGAAUGCCACUUUUCAGGACAGCAAUGUAUGGCAAAGGUAUUGAGAUAUAUUGUGCUCCUACUGCCGAUUCCGGGGAUACAUGGGUAGCUACAAUGAGACACGUCGCUAUUGAGGGUGGAUGCUAUGUUCUUUCACCCAUCCAGUUCUGUCGGAGGAAAGAUUACCCACCUCCACCUGAGUAUCUUUACAGUCCUACAGAAGAAGAUGUCACUCCAGAUUCUAUUGUUUGGGCUGGAGGUAGUGUCAUCAUUUCGCCCCAUGGCGAAAUUCUAGCAGGACCGAAUUAUGAAGGAGAAGGCCUCUUCACAGCUGAUCUUGAUGUUCGUGGAGAGAUUCCUAAAGCAAAGUUCCAGUUCGAUGUGGUAGGACAUUAUUCGAGAGCUGAUGUGCUAAGCCUCACUGUGAACAAUCGUCCACUGCUUCCUGUUACUUUCACAUCCUCACCAUCUAAAAUCAAAGACAAUGAGGAGAUGGAUGAAUGCAAAGAUAUAUAAAAGAUGGCCUAUUUAGGAGACUGUUAGCCUAGCUAAGGUCGUCCUUCAAUAAUUUGUAUGAUUUUCCAAUAAGUCCACAUGUGCGUUUGGAGACUGCACUUCAUUAUAAAUAAAUGCUUGGUUUGAGUGUAAAAUCAUCCUUUUAUUUCUUUUUUUCUUUUUUUUUUUGUCUCAAGUAUUAAUAAAAUUGUAUUUUUCACUUAUUGUUUGGUAUAAUAGUGCAUCUUACCCAUUGGCUGAGGCCUCCUCUA